AUGACUAGCGUGAUUCUGAGUACAAGAGGAGCUUCGGCAAAGAUUAGACAUCUUAUGAAGGAUAUUUCAAAACUGGUGAAGGCUGAAGAGGAGCAGAAAUGGGACAUGGGAAAUGAUUACAAGGAGCUUCGAAAGCUUAUAGAGGUGAACGAAUGUAAUUCUAUGCUUUUCUUUAGAUCGACCAAGAGAUCUGACUGUCUGUGGGCAGGGAUAUUGAAUGGGAUGUCUGUUGUGUUCCGAAUCCAUAACGUAUUUACAGUGAAAGACUGCAACUUUUCGGCAAACUCUUUCAAAGACUGUGGAUAUGUUCUGAUGUUCAGUAAGGAGUUUGAAAAUAUAGAGCAUUUGAGACAUGCAAAAGAAGUUAUAGAAUAUAUCUUUGAAUCGAAUGAGACAAAGGACAAGGCCCUAUGCUUUUUUUAUCUCGAUGGGGUUAUCUGGGUCCGAUGCUACAAAAUAGGGAAGGAACUGGAGGAGAUUGGGCCCAGACUUGUCUUGGAAGUCCUUAAGGUGUUUGAGAAGUGUUUUGAAGGCAGUAUUCUGUACAAGCUGGAGAAGAAAGAUAACUCUAUAGCAGAGGAUACUAAUUAA